CUUCCAACUAGGAGAUGGCUACCAAGGUGGAAAUCAGGAUCAAUGGCCACCCGGGGGACUUAGCCGGGGCCCGAGAACACAUGCUUGCGGCAACCAGAGACUAUAUCACACACCCAAGACUGACCUACUGGACUGUUUGCGGAGUGAACGGACCGCUGGUGGUACUGGACAAUGUUAAGUUUGCCCAGUAUGCCGAGAUUGUCAACUUCACUCUCCCAAAUGGUACAGAGCGAAGUGGGCAGGUGCUGGAAGUGGCCGGCUCCAAAGCGAUUGUCCAGGUGUUUGAAGGGACAUCUGGGAUCGAUGCUCAGAAGACCUCUUGUGAGUUCACGGGGGACAUUCUCCGCACACCUGUUUCGGAGGAUAUGCUGGGCCGAGUCUUCAAUGGUUCUGCUAAGCCGAUUGACAAAGGACCGGUUGUGAUGGCUGAGGACUUCUUGGACAUUAAUGGACAGCCUAUUAAUCCCCAUGGACGCAUUUACCCUGAAGAGAUGAUCCAAACUGGCAUUUCACCAAUCGACGUCAUGAACAGCAUCGCCAGGGGACAAAAGAUCCCCAUAUUCUCAGCUGCAGGGUUACCCCACAAUGAGAUUGCAGCACAGAUCUGCAGGCAGGCCGGCCUGGUGAAGAAGUCCAAAGACGUCAUGGAUUAUCAUGAGGACAACUUUGCCAUCGUCUUUGCUGCCAUGGGGGUGAACAUGGAAACGGCCCGUUUCUUCAAGUCGGACUUUGAAGAAAAUGGCUCCAUGGAGAAUGUCUGCCUCUUUCUCAACCUGGCCAAUGACCCAACGAUUGAGCGCAUCAUCACGCCACGCUUGGCCCUGACCACAGCGGAGUUUCUGGCCUACCAAUGCGAGAAGCACGUCCUUGUGAUCCUGACCGACAUGAGCUCCUAUGCUGAAGCCCUGAGGGAGGUCUCAGCUGCCAGAGAAGAGGUCCCUGGACGCAGGGGCUUCCCAGGCUACAUGUACACUGACCUGGCCACCAUCUAUGAACGCGCUGGGCGUGUGGAGGGUAGAAACGGAUCCAUCACCCAGAUCCCCAUCUUGACUAUGCCCAAUGAUGAUAUCACUCACCCUAUUCCUGACUUGACUGGCUUCAUCACUGAAGGGCAAAUCUAUGUGGACAGACAGCUGCACAACAGACAGAUCUACCCUCCCAUAAAUGUCCUGCCAUCUCUUUCCCGUCUGAUGAAGUCGGCUAUUGGAGAAGGCAUGACCAGGAAGGACCAUGGCGAUGUCUCCAACCAACUGUAUGCCUGUUACGCCAUCGGCAAGGAUGUCCAAGCCAUGAAAGCUGUGGUCGGAGAGGAAGCCCUCUCUGCCGAUGACCUUCUCUACCUGGAGUUUCUGCAGAAGUUUGAGAAGCAGUUCAUUGCACAAGGAGCAUAUGAGAACCGGACUAUCUUUGAGUCCCUGGACAUCGGCUGGCAGCUGCUCCGAAUUUUCCCCAAAGAGUUGUUGAAACGGAUCCCAGAGAGCAUCCUUUCGGAAUACUAUCCCCGGGAGGCUAAGGCUUCCCAGGGCUCUGACACAGUUCUCUGAGGCCUACACACAAGGAGAACCUCUCACUGCUCCUCAGUACAGAAUCCAGAUCCACCCAUAUACAACAAAAUUAAUGAGCAGCAAUGCCUUUAUUGGUCCAACUCCAAACUAUAAAAUGCCUCCUGUAUGAUUCUUGACAUCUUUGCCUGAUGAAGAAUCCAGCGGAGCUUUGAAACCUGGCAUAAUGUACCAGGUAAUUAAAAAAGAAUGGUACAAAAGUAAAGCUGUUCUUAUUCGGUUCUGCGCCGUUCUCUUUGAAUCACCCUGGGUCUUAUGCUUUGGAGUUGGUUCAAUACUGCAGGGGGAAAAGCAGGAAAAGAGAUUUCAUGCAAACAUUAGGAAGAAU